GCGGCCGGAGAGAGCGCGGCGGGUGUGUGCGGCGCCUGCCUGCUUGCCUGCCUGCCAGCCAGCCAGCCAGCCGUCCGGGGCUAUCGCCGCGGGCGGGCACGGUGUGAACAGCGGGCGCCUCGGCUGACGGGGAAAGCUAGGCUGAAGAACAAUGGCUUCCUUCAGCAUCCUGACUAUUGGCAUUGCUGUUGCCAGUUUUACUGUAUUUCAGCUGGUGUUCCAUGUUUUAAGUUCUUGGGUGUCAACACGAGUAAUACCUGGUUUUAACAAUCUCAACCAAGAAAGGAAGAUUGAAUGGAAUUCAAGGACAGCGUCCACAGUCCAUGCCUUGGUGGUUGGUGGGUUUUGCCUAUAUAUUUUGUUGUACGAUGAUGCUGUUAAUGCUGACCGUCUCUGGGGUGACCCUUCAAUUGUGAAACUGAAUAUUGCUAUUACCACAGGCUACCUCAUUUCUGAUUUGUUGCUUAUUAUAUGCUACUGGAAGGCAAUUGGUGACAAGUUUUUUGUAAUACAUCACUUGGCAGCUCUGUACGCUUACUAUUUUGUACUGAGCAAAGGUCUGUUGGCUUAUUUUGGAAACUUCCGUCUGCUUGCAGAGCUCUCCACUCCUUUUGUCAAUCAGCGGUGGUUUUUUGAAGUACUGGGAUAUCCCAAAUCUUCAAAGGCCAACAUCAUCAAUGGUGUGCUGAUGACAGUUGUGUUCUUCGUGGUGAGGAUUGCCAUCAUGCCUAUAUAUUACAGCCAUGUAAUUUCUUCAUUUGGAACAGAGGCUUUCCAGAGAUUAGGAUUUGCAGCCCAGAGCACCUGGAUUAUCUCAAGUGUUGUCUUGGAUGUUAUGAAUGUGAUGUGGAUGGUCAAAAUUGCAAAAGGAUGCUACAAAGUCAUUUGUCUUAUUGGACAGGAGGAAGCCAAAAACUCUAGAAAUGGAAAAUCUGACUAGAAAUCAUAUGCAUAAAAUGAAAUUUCUGCUAUGAAAAUAAUUUGGGUUCACUGAAACAGUGCACAUUUCUGCCAUGGAAUGCUCCUCUUAAGGAAACAAAGUAUUACCUCUGUACUGACCUUACUCUUUCCUUAGCCACACUGCCUGCACACCCAGGGCCACGCUUUAUGGAUCCUGUCCGGUGAGGAAUAAAAGCAAAAGCUCACACAAAUGAGUUCCACGUGUCUGUUCUAAGCAGUUACAAGCUACUGAAAUUAGACAGGAGCAGACUGGUUACUUGCUUGUUGUCCACCAGUGUGUUCGAAGUGUUUCACUCAGGUCUCUCAGAUUAAUGUUUUAUAAAUCCAGUGAAUACUGACAUCUCGCUUUUUUAAGAAAACAGAAAACCUCCCCAAACUCCUGAUAUGGUGCAAUUUUCCUGGCACGUUUCUAUGUUUUCUUCUAGGAAUAACAAUCAAGAUUUCAUUCUUGACAACUUUUUAAUUUUUGCAAGAACAGCUAAAAAUUUAGCUUUGAUUCUGUGAAGUCUUUUACUGCUUUUUGUUCUGCCUUAUAUGAAUGCAAACCAUUUUGGGAAAUUUAUGAAAUAAUUUUAUCUGAAAUGCUGUGUUAGAAGACUACAGAAUAUCUUAAAAAUUAUUCAAAUUCUCUGAUUUUGAUGGAAAAGAAUCAGUUUUGCUGUGUUAGAUUACAUGCAAUAGUACUUCCUCUAAAUUGCCCGUGGAGUUUUUUCAUAAGUUAGUAUGGUAAAUGAUGUGUGGAAACAGCAUAAUUCUUACUGGAGUGCUUUCUCCUUUGCUGCUACUACCUUUGAGAAGUGCUGCAACUCUCCUCAGAGUAUUUUUAACCAUUGGCUAUUUGGAUGCGAAGUUUAAUUGUUAAGAGAUAAAAUUCUUCUGUAUAUGUGAUGUGUAACUUACAGUAAUACUUUUUUUCUUUUAUAUCAGAAAUGACCCAUUUGAUAUGAAGUGUUGAGUUUUUUGUCACAUUUUCCUUGUUAAUCACAUCAGAAAUCUGAGGUGUUGACUAAAAACAUUCUUGAAUUAACUGUGCCAAACUUCUGUAAAGCUCUACAGUAAUUCUGUAGAAUGACAGUUCAUUUCUGUAGGCACAACACUUUAUUUUUUUUAAACCAUGUAUUUGUCAAUAGGUACUCUGUUCCUUCUGCAAACUUAAAGGUUUGGAGGGCAUCAGAGAGGAAUCUUACCAUCUAGGAAUAGUCUAGAACCUAAUUUAUAAUACAACUUGAGGAAAUUCUGUUUUUUGUUUUAUUUUUAAAUGAUUUUGAGAGCUGUAUUUGUGUGUAGUUUGGUUUUGUUUUGCUUACUUUAAACCAUGUCUGAAUUGGGACUGAUUAACUUCUGUUUUUUUCCUUGGUGGGUUUUGGGUUUGGUUUGUUUUUUUUUUAACAUGUUAUUUGUUAUACCUUCUGGUAAGGUGUGCUAAAAGUGUCCAUUUUCACUCAGUACUUUAGUGCACAUCCCAAUUAUCGCAGCGGACUGUUUAAGCAAUUUAUUUUUAAACAAAAAGAUAAAAUAUUUACCCUGUGUAGGAUAACUAGUUUUUCUCUUGUCCUGUUCCCUCUAACAAAGCUCGGUGACAUGAACUCUCCCCUCUGUAGUCAGAGGUGCGAGUGCCCAAUACUGUGCUCUCGGGUGAGGGACGCAGCGUUCCCGUCUUCCAGGAAUCGGAUGUCUGUAAGACCCCAAGAGGACUGGGCAGGCUGAAAUGCCUUAUAACCAAGGCAGCUGCGAUGAGUUUAGUUCCCCAGUUGAAGUGAUGUCAGGGAGUAUUGUUUGGGCUAGCGUAAUAUGUGCUUUUAUAAGCCUAGUUCCACUGUUUAACUGGGCAGGCUUUUUUCCACAACUGUUUCCCAAUCCUGCCUUGUUAAGGGAGAUAACAAGGAUUGUUAAUACUUCUGUUUUUUGGAUUCUGUGCUUAUUAAUACUUCACAAGCCUGCAGACAAAAGAUGUGUUUAUGCCUUGGGAAAGUUAGCAAUUAAUCUGUUUAGCUGUGUGAUUUGAGUGAGCGCAGUACCUUAUUUGGGUACCAGUAAAUCCAUAGUCUUUGAGAGCUGAUCCUGUGACCUGCUUUGCUGAAAGCAACAGACUCCCUUUUAUACUAAUUUGCAGAACCUGGUAUCUUUUAAAAUAGUGAUUUCAGUGUAUCUAAUGCAAAAUCUAGGCUACAUACAAAGGCUCUGUUUCUAUCACCUUUAUGAUUUAAAGGUGUACAUGAAGUACUUUUUUCAUGUGCUUUUUAAGUCACUAGAUCAGGGAAUCAUUUUGUAAUAGCUUGUUCCUUUCUUAAAAAAAAAUUAAAUUUAGUAAAUUCAAACAUUUUGGAGAAUAUGUUUGAAAGUAGAAGUCUGCUUUUGUUAUUUGGGAAGUAGGAUGAAAACAAAUUGAUAAGGAAGAUGAUUUGGAGCAACUCUUAGGGUGAUAAUGCAUGAAAACUUUUUGAAGUUCAUCCCUUCUUAGCCUUAAUCUUUAAUAUUUCAGUAUUUUAAUUUUUUUGUUUUCAAUGGAGAACAUUCAUUAAAAUGGUCCAUUUCCAUCACUUCUAGAUAGACUUGUGUCUGAUGGGGGGAAAAAAAAAGUAAGUCAAGCUAUAAUACGAUUAUGUUAAAACUAGAUUAAAAAAAAACCCCACAACAAAACCCUGCAUAAUACACUUUGGGCAACAGUCCAGAAUGGAAGGGCAGUGGGAUGAUUAUUUUAAAACAUGUAAUAUUUUGGAUUGCUGUACAAAAUUAGUGUAAUUAAAACAAUAUUUUGCAAUGCAUUAGGUUUAAAUUUUCUAAUUUGUUUUUUUAAAGUAUUACAGUUAUGUCCUGAUGCAUCUACUGUGUGUCAGAAGACAACUUUCUAAUGAAAAAAAUUAUUAACACGUGUAUAUUCGGCAAGGACUGUAGUAAACAGGCUGCAAAGUUGUGAUGUACUGAAUACAUUAGUAUAGGGCACUUUUUACCUGCCGUUAAAAGCUUGUAAUACAGCAAAUUGGAGAGCUGUGGCACCCAUUUUUCAAUUGCACUUUAUUAAUUUAAAAACUGUGGAGAAAUAUUGAUGAAAUUUAAUGUUGCAAGCUUGUGUAUUUGCCUUUUUAUGCAAAAAAUUAAAUGCAUGAUAAGUAGCAUCGUAAUAAAUGCUACCUUUAGAAUGUAAUUUUAUCUUAUUAGUGGCUUAAAACUUCUAUUUUUAACAGACACAUUGUCUAGUGUAAAAGCAGACUCUUGGUAUGUCACCAGGUGUCUUUGCCAUACACAUAUCAAAUGGAAGGAGUUAAUCUUGCAAAAAAUGGUCAGAUACCUUGUUUUUCUUUUCUUUUACAUUCUUCAGUACCAGGUGACAUAAAAUUAGCACAGUGAUCAUGGGAGAGUCUAUUUGUACUGGUAAGGCUAUUUGUAUGUAGGAAGGCAAAUUUCCAUUUUUUAUGGCUUUACUUUUUCAUCAAAAGAUGAAACUUUCAUCAACUUUCAAAACGAGUACAGGGGAAUGGUAGGUCAAGUUUUGCUUUUAUAAUUGAUUUGUGGAUACAGUACUUUCAGAGAGGAAACAUAUUUCAAAUAUUCAUUUUCUCGGUGAGUGUUCCAGUGGAUUUCAAUGAAGUUGAGAGUGUUACACUACAGAGACGCUUUAUGGGUUAUCUGUGCGCAUUCUUCAGUGGUAAGAAUUACAUCUCUGAAGCCUACUCUACCUCUAUAAACACAUGCUAUCUUGAGUGAGCUCAAUAAUUUAAUAACUUAAUUGCUUAAAAAAUAGAAUCUGUUGAAUAAUGAAAAAUAUCCUAUGCACAGGAAGAUGAGGGGAGCUGACUUUAUAUAUAAAUUCUUAAUUCCAAAUUUUGUAUUAAAUUUUAUUAAAACUUUAAAUUAAUUACAGUGUCUGGAAGAGAAUUACUUCUAUCUUUACUUAAAAAAUUAUGGGAGAAGAUUACUCAUACUGCAGAACUAACGUUAACGUAAGAGUAAAAGCUUACACAAGUGAGCAAAUGUGUUCAAGCAGGUUUAAAGAGGAGAGGUGGAGGAGACUGAGAACACAAGUGUAGAGAUCCAGAUGUCUCCCUACUGCUGUGGUUGGGACAACAGCAGACUGAUACGUAGCAGAAAGGUUUAGGUAUUUCUAUAUCUCUGUUCACAGUGGAAAAUGAAACUUUUUUCUUUAAAAUUUUCAAGCUGUAUAAAAUGGGUUAUCUGUUGAUUGCCGUAUGAAGAGGACUUUUUCUCACGGACUUGUGUGUGUUUAAGUAUAUGUACAUACAAGCUUUCCAUAAACGAUCAUUUAAUAGAGAAGUUUGUAAAAUUGUUCUGUGAUGCUUCUGCUGAGCCAUUCAGAGGAAGAUAAAGGGCUGCUUGACAAUUACUCCAGCUUAGGAUCUGGUGCAGUGUUGGCUGUGGGUGAAAGCCAUCCAUAAAGCAAAUAGAAAGGGACUAGAAUUUUCAGAUGAAAAAAUGCAAGUGUAGAAGACUUUGAAAAGUAUGGGCAGCCCUCUUUCAUAUUUUUAAUAGCCUACGGUACAACAUCAUUACCUGGCUACAAGGAACUUCAUGAGGAAGGAUUUGUUCCUGGUGGAGUUUCUCUAUCUAUGGAAUAUAUUUGACAGCUGGAAAAAGAACAGUACUUCAUUGCUGAGAUCCUGACAGCCGUCAAAUGGAAAUAGCGAUCAAUAUUUAUGAACUUUAACAUUCAUCCAAACCCGGGUAAAAUCUUUUUGUUGGACAGGUGAAGGUAUUAGGAUUUUCUGACAGCAGCUUGAAAGUUCUUUUUAUAGUAGAGAAGAUGAAAGAUGUGCUGCUUGGAAUGUUCAGAGAUCUGGGAUUAAGCAUCAAAUCAUACUUUUAGGUGGUAACACUUGGUAAGGUUUCUUAUCCAUUACAAAUCUCUACUAGCUACCUCCUUUGACAUUCUUGCUCUAUUUAUAAUUACCAAGCACUUUAUAGCUCAGUAAAGAAUGGAAGGUAGCUAUGAAGAAUAAAUUGUAUUGUUUGGCAUAAGAAAUAUUUUGGCAAAAUUUCUUCUGAGAUCAGUUUCAUUGUGUGAUGUCCUGCACUGAGAGGGCAUCUGAUUAUAAUGAUGUAUAUAAAUUUUUAAUCUAGUUGUAAUGUAAAGGAAAUGUCUUUAAGAGAGUGAAUUAUGAAGAGUUCAGCAUGGCUUGGUAUCAACCAUAUAAUGAUUCAGUGUGCUAUUUAUAACUUCCUACUUACUGAAAUUGAAAAUACAAAAGCAAAUAAAAUAUUCUGUAGUGUAUCUUUAUUUUUAAUCUAUGCGUGGGAUGUCAAACAUUGUACUUGUCUUGUGGACAGGACAUGCUUUUACGAGCCUAUAAAUAUAUAAGUAUAUGAGAAUCUGCACCCAAGUGGAACACGUUGCAUGUAAAUUGUCUUCUAAGUUUUUAAAUUUCAGUAUUUUUAAAAAUUUGCUAGGUUUGAAAGUAACAUUUAAAUAUUAAUACUAAGCUGUACUACAGAACAUAGUGUUUUGAAUGCAAUGCGGGAUAUAUUGGUUUUGUUUAUUGUAACCCUAUUCCAGUUUCACAAGAGAAGUCCAUCAUAUGAUAGGGGGAAAAGAGGAAAAGGGCUAAUGAUGAGCUCGGCUAUAUAAUUUGCACACUUAAUAUGCACACAUCCAAAUAUCCUGGAUUUGUUUCUAGCAUGCAUAUACCAAACAGUGUUUUCUUCAAUACUGACAGAUACCUAUAUAUGUAGAAUAAUUAAACAUGUAAGCACAGCUAACCUGAUAUAAAACCAAAUUACAAAAACUGUUGGGAACAAAUGAGUGACAAGUUAGGCAUAAGUAAUGGAGCCUGUAAUGCGAAAAUGUUUAUAUAAUCUUCUGUAUAAGAAGAAACUUGAUAAAUAUAUCUAACGUAUGUGCAGAUCAAGGAUGAAAACUGUAAAUUCUGCUAGACUUAUACUGGUAAAUCUUGACAAUCUGGUUUGCAGUAAAUACUAAUUCUGUCACAAAAUGUCAGGGUCACAUUAUUAAAUUCAAAUAGUAAUGUGGCCUGAUUGUAGUAGCAAUCCUUAUCACAGCACAAGAACUUAAAAAUGCAAUAUAACAGUUCUGCAGAUCGGUGAUAAAAGUAAUCAGUUGUAGUAAGGGGAAUGAUUAAGUAUUAUGGGUUUCAAUUUAUUAUAAAAAAUUUUCUGAAUUAUUUGUUUGCAUUUCAGUGAUAUUGUAAAGCAUUUCUAUAUUUUGUUUGAACAGUUUAGGAGCUUGCAUAAAAUGAUAUUGGCUGAUUAUUUUUUUUCACUUUGAUAUAUGCAAUAAUGUCAAUAAGCAAUAAAUUGCAUGUUGUAUGCAAGAUAUCGGUACUUCAUAAUAAAGGAAAGGAACACAG